CAUAAAGUCACAAACAGGAAUGUAUCCGUAGCAACCCAAACUGUUUGAUCGAUGUCCUAUAGACGUUUCAAAACGUCUUAAAACUGUGUAAAAAUGUCUACGCUUGUUCAGCUGCCGCCAAAAAAUGAGAAUAAAGUUCAUGAAGUCAAGGAGUUAAAGUCCAAUACCACCAUAGAAGACCUAUGCAAAGGCCCAAGAAUGACGCGAGAGUAUCUGAAGAAGCACUGUCGAGAACAGAAACUCUAUCAAACACCACGUCUGAAUGACGUACUGUAUCUGCACUUCAAAGGAUUUUCCUAUAUAGAAAAUCUAGAAGAGUAUACAGGACUGAGAUGUUUGUGGUUAGAAAAUAAUGGAUUGAAGAAGAUCAGUGGGCUCGAUUAUCAAAAAGAUCUACGCAGUCUGUUCCUACAUUACAACUUAAUUAAGAAGAUUGAGAAUUUGGAAUGUUGUCCUCUAUUGGAUACUCUGAAUAUUUCGUAUAAUCAAGUGAAGAAAAUCGAAAAUUUGGAUUGUAUAAAGGUGUUACAUACUUUGAACAUGUCGAAUAACUACGUGGAAAACCUGACAGAUUUUGAACAUUUAGAAAAACUUCUUGAAUUGUCUGUUUUGGAUCUAUCGAACAAUCACAUAGAAGAUCCGUUGAUUGUUGAAGUCCUGGGUAAAAUGCCAGAUUUGAGAGUGUUGAAUAUGAUGGGCAAUCCAGUCAUUAGGAAGAUUCCAGCUUAUCGGAAAACGAUGAUCCUUGCUUGUAAAAACUUGCAAUAUUUGGAUGACCGUCCGGUGUUUCCCAGAGACAGAGCCUGUGCAGAAGCUUGGGAAAGAGGUGGAAUGACGGAAGAAAAUGCUGAAAGGAAAAGAUGGAUAGAUAGAGAGAGGAAACGGAUUAUGGACAGCGUUAACGCCUUAAUCGCAAUUAGAGAUAGAAACAUUGAGGAAAGAAGGAGGCAACAACAACAAUGUGACAGUGGUCAUGGUACCUCAGUUGGAGAUUCUGAAAGCGAAGCAGAAAGUCUCAAUGUCAGCAACGUUCAAGAUAGGGAUGUUAUCCCUCCGUCAUUGGAAGAAGCAGGAGUAACGGAAAAUCAACAUAGUGACGAAGAGUCCUCGGAUGAGGAAAACGGGGAAUUAUACGAUUACGCAAGAGCUUGUGAAGAAAAUGAUGAUAACCAAGCCGAUCAAUCUUCUUCAGAAUCUGAAGAUGAUUUCAUGAGGGACCGACAGACUACCGAGGAUUACUCAGCUUAUAGACAGAGAAUCUUCGACUUUUCACCUACAAGAGAUAAAGAGAGAAAAAAUAAGCACCUAGUUACGGAGAUCGAUCAAUCAGACAAGCCUUGCACAAGCAAAUUAAAUGAGAUUAAACAAGAUUUCACAUUAAGUGCAGUAAAAACGACGUAUACAAAAACCAUGAAAAAUGGAAAACACGAACACGAGGUCCAGAAUACUGGCAAAAUACUAAUUGAAGAGAUUGACGAUUCUGGUUGUAAACCAACAAAUCUCAACGAUACAAACGUCAAUACUGAGAGAAGUAGCAGCACAGAAAAUACAUUGGAUAAUGCAAAUGAUGUUCAAAAAAUACCUGAUGAUUCAGAGGGCAACAGGUCGAAUGACUCAGAUAAAACAAGUGAGUCGUUAGGAUACUUAGAUCGACUUAGCAUAAAUUCCGCUAAAAAUGUCGAAACAGCAGACAGCGAUGAUAACUUUAGUGAAGAUUUGAAAGCUCUAUUUACCGAUCUAUCUGAACUCGAAUAUCGUGAAAGCAAUAUUUAUGGCACAAAAGCUAAUGGUGAAGUUAGUACUGAAGGGUUAGAUGUAAUUGAAGACUGUAAUGAUUCAGUUCCUGAUACGAAUGGAGAAUUACCAGAUCCUGCUCAAGCAUCGUAUAGCAACAUGAAUGUAACAAUUGGUACAAGUUAUACAAUUGAAAAAGUGUAUGAAGUUCUUGAAAGAUCUGAAGAUGCAGUAAAUCUAAAUGAAGGAUAUGACGAUAAUUCAUCUUCAGGUGAUACAGGUAAAGAGUUUGCUGAAAGUGUCGACAAAGAUGAAAAUAGUGUUACUACAGGAUCUACUAACAAAACAACCGUUGCUUGUGGAAAUGAAGACUCAAUUAACAGUGCUGGUGGUGCUUCCCCAAAAAUAGAUCAAAAGGCGAAAGGAGAUACUUUUAAAAAAUGCGAGUUCGGAACAAUGCUGGAUAGCAUGGAUAAGCUGUACCUCAAACAAAAUAAUGCACAUGAUAGCGAAAAUGAAGAACGUGGAAGUGAGGCAAGAAAAAGGCAGUUCUUGAGGGAAAAAGCAGUAUCUGCAGUUAAAAGGAUGGACAUGUCACAAACAACAAUGACAUUUGAAGAAUUCUUGAAUAACGACGGUCAACUGACCAAAGUUGAACAAGACAAAGGUGAAACUAGAAUAGCUGUGGAGGAAGUAGACGAAGAAGAAAAUAGUGACGUUGAGAAAGAAGAAACUGAUGGAUGUUACGACUCCGUAUGUGAUGUGACUAUCAACCAAGCUCAAGUUGAAGAAGAGACUGUAGUGAAGAAUGUAUGUAUGUCAGAAUCGACAAUGGCAUUUGAAGAAUUUUCUGACAACCUUCAAAUGGCAAAAGGCGAGAAAAGUUCGAGUAAUAUUGAGGAUUCAGAUAAAGUAUGCGAAAGCGAUGGAAGUGAUGAGGAUAAAGAAGUAAAACAAGGAACUUCCGCAAUGAUUAAGGAUAUGACUAUCGAGAAGAUUCAGGCUAUAAUGAAAAGUGAAAUUAGUAAAUUGACUGAGAAACGCACCAUACAAGAAAUUUUAUCAGUCAAAGUUGAAACUGCGAAGAACGGUGAUCAAAUAAGCGACGAUAGCGAAGAUGAUUACGAUGAAGAUGUCAUUGAUAGAAAGUAUUACGAGCAACUUGACAGGACUGAAUACGAAUCAUUCAAAGUGACUGAACAAGGUGAUGGACCACCUGCCAAUGAUGUGAACCCUAGAACUAGAGACGAGCUCCGUGAGCUUGUAAAAGGGGACAAAAACGAUACACAGAAAGGCAUUGAAGAUGCCGAAGAAAAAGAAUAUAGAGAGAUGCUUAAGUGGAACAUAAAGUUACCUAAGGAAAAUGUGCAAAUCUUGAAACCAAUAGAGAGAAACAGAGAUGAAAAGAAAGAUAUUCAUCAUAUUUGCGAAAUGUUAGCUGGGACCUCAAAAGAACCACCAAAUAAAGAGUAUGAAAUUAUCCCGCCUAAAGAUAUAGUUGAAGAAGGUGAUAUCAUCAAAUAUCCAAGAACCGUUAAGGAAGAUAUAAGUUGUGAUAAGUACAAGAGUAUUUACUUGGCAGGUGGAGGUAAUCCAGAAGACGUUCAACCACCGCUAGUCCACAAGAAACUGACCAUGUCCAAAAAUUACCCAGUAUUCCACAAAAAUCAAGAUGAAAUGAUGGAUGUUCAAACUGAAGCUCCAGAGAAAACUGAAGUAGAGAAUAGCCUGAUCGUUUGCAACAAAAUUUCUGAGGCUAGAGAACAUGUCUCACAGUUCAACAAGCAGUUUGAAGAAUUUAAGAAGAAAUCUAAAAUGGCUAAGGACGCCGUUAUCAAGGAAUACGAUGAUGCUAUAGCAAAAGAACAACAGGUGAUUGAUAAGCUGAUGGGCAUGCAAGACAAGAUUUUCAAGAAGCAAGAGGUGUACAAGAGGGUGCCUAGACCAAAGAGGUCGUUCGAUGAAAUGGAUAACGAGGUUUUCAGAAAACAUUUCGCCGACAUGGGUGUUGUUCUGGAAGAAACAAGCGAAGAAGAAGAGGAUUUCAUGAAGACCGCGAAGCCUGGCGAAAUUAGUAAGAUUGAUCUACAGCCUUCGCAAGUAGGUAUUAAAACCAGCAAUGUAGACGAACUCGAUAAAAGUUUACAAUCUUUCGCAAGUGCUGAAAAUGAGGAGAUGAUAGUUUCUCGAGAUACAACAGACAGCUUUGCAAGCACUAAUGAUACAGAAGGAUUCGAAAAUGUGCCCUCUGAGCAGUUUGAGUCCAGUGGAUUUGGAAACGAAAACGUCAAUGAUAGCAAUGAAGACUACUUCUCAACAAACGAAGAUAACGUAGAAGAUUACAAAAACGUCAAAUAUUCUCAAGAUGCUAAUAACGACUCAAUAAUGAGAAACUUUGAUUACAAAAGAUUCGAGGACUUGCUGAACGUGGAGUUUGAGAGUGACGAGGAAUUGCUCGAGAAUAACGACAGUUCUGAAGCAUCAACGGAUGAGGAAGAUAUUAGAGCCCAAGGCAAAAUCGUCGUCAACAGAGAUCGAAAACAAAAGCGAGUUGUGAAGAGAAACGUCAAUUGUUCUUUGGAAAUGCAGAUGGCCAAAGAUAAAAAAGCUCAGUAACGAUUUACUGUUAAUGACAUGUUUUGUAGUAUUAUCAUUGUAGAAAUAUAUAUUUUGUGGCUUUGAA